CUUAUUUCUCCCUCUCUUUCACACACACACACAUCAAUCCUUCUUCUUUCUUCCUUUAUAAUCAUCUCUUCUUCCCUAGGGGCUUGCUAAAUCUAAGCACUCUCCAUUCUUUCAUUUCCCAAAAAAACAAAACUCCAAAUUCUCUCUUCCCUUAUUUCACAAUAUGACACAAUAACUAGUCGCAUUGAAUUUUAAUCAACUUCAGAUUCAGUAGAUUAUUUCUUGAAUUGAUAUCGAACUGCAUAUAUCAAAAGCUUAGUGUGAAAUUAUCAAGUAUCAACCAAUGGCGUCGCCACCUGACACUAGCAAAACCACAAAGCUAGAGCGGUACAAUAGCUAUAUUCGCAAAGUCAAUAGUACAAAACUCAUAGCUGCAUCGUCCAAACUUCUAUUUCGUGUCACUUUAUUAGUGGCGCUACUACUUAUUUUCUUUUUCACUAUAAAUUACCCUCCGUUAGCUUCAGAUAACCCUAAUUCACACAACAACAUCCAUACUACCACCCACAACCUCAUCUCCUCCGCCUUCUACGGAGGCGGAGCAUCGUGGGAGAAACAAGUCCGCCGCUCCUCCACUCCUAGCCGCCCUAACGGCUUCUCCGUCCUCGUCACCGGUGCUGCUGGCUUCGUUGGGUCCCACUCUUCUUUAGCAUUAAAGAAACGUGGCGACGGUGUUCUUGGCCUUGACAACUUCAAUUCCUACUAUGAUCCUUCUUUAAAACGGGCUCGCCAAAAUCUCUUAUCCAAACACCAAAUAUUCAUCGUCGAGGGUGACCUAAACGACGUCGAACUUCUUCGUAAACUCUUCGACAUUGUUCCAUUUACACAUGUCCUCCAUUUAGCUGCACAAGCUGGCGUUCGUUACGCGAUGCAAAAUCCUCUCUCUUAUGUCAACUCAAAUAUAGCUGGAUUUGUUAAUUUAUUAGAAAUCGCCAAGUCAGCUAACCCUCAACCCGCAAUCGUCUGGGCAUCGUCCAGUUCGGUUUACGGGUUAAAUACCAAAGUACCCUUUUCAGAAGAGCACAGAACGGAUCAACCCGCAAGUUUAUAUGCAGCAACAAAAAAAGCAGGUGAAGAAAUUGCUCAUACGUAUAACCAUAUUUACGGUCUUUCUUUAACCGGGUUAAGAUUUUUUACUGUUUACGGUCCAUGGGGUAGACCCGAUAUGGCGUAUUUUUUCUUUACUAAGGAUAUGAUACAAGGUAAAUCAAUUAAUGUUUACGUAACACAAGAUGAUAAAGAGGUGGCGCGUGAUUUCACGUACAUUGAUGAUAUAGUAAAAGGGUGUGUUGGGGCGUUGGAUACGGCGGAGAAGAGCACCGGCAGCGGCGGAAAGAAGAAAGGUCCGGCGCAGUUGAGGGUUUAUAAUUUGGGUAAUACUUCGCCUGUGUCGGUGAGGAAAUUAGUGGUUAUUCUUGAAAAUUUGUUGAAUAUUAAGGCUAAAAAGAAUGUUGUUAAAAUGCCACGAAACGGUGACGUUCCGUUUACUCAUGCUAACGUGAGCCUUGCGUUAAGGGAUUUUGGUUAUAAGCCUACCACUGAUUUGUCUAUUGGGUUGAGGAAAUUCGUUAAGUGGUAUGUGAGUUACUAUGGAAUUCAACCAAGGGUAAAAAAGGAAAAUGACCAUUCCGAUGAUUAAGGCACAACAAAGGAAAAAAGAGUGUCAUUAAUCAUUACAAGGAGGGGAGAACAUGAAGGACUAUUUUGCCCUUUUUUCAAUAUUUUUUCUAUUGAUGUAUUUGGACUAAAUUAUGUUACUUGUUUAUUUUUAGUAUAGGAAUAGAAUUAUAUAUUUAUAAAAAAAAAAUAAUAAGAAAAUCAGAGAAGGGUGGAAAGGCAAGUGUAGAUCUUUGAAAGUGGGGUUGUAAUAAUGUAUUUUAAGGCCUUAUUGGAUGUAGGAUAUAAUAUGCAAAAAAAAAAAAAGGAAAGAAAAAAAGGAUUGUACACAAAAGAAUGGUGCAGACCAACCUCUCUUUAUAUCAAUCAAAAAUUUUAAUGUGUGGGAACAGCAA